AUGGGUUUAAAAUAUAAUGCAAAAGACAUACAACAUCAUUUGUCAAGAAUUUUUCAUGUUUCAGUUGAUUCUACUUACAAGUUUCUACAAAGACAUCCAAUAUUUUCAUGUCUUUUAUUGUUAUUUUCUAUUUUAUAUAUUUUCCUUUCAUACAUUUACACAUUCGUAGGUUACAUGUCACCUUUUCUUAUAUGUGGUGCAAUAUUUUUGAGAAUCUUUUGGAGUUCUGAGAAAACACAGCUAAGAUAUGUGAAAAUAGAAGAGAAAAAAGAUGAGCAAGAAAUAAAAGUUGAACCGAAGAUUCUACCACCAAAGAUACCGAUACCUAUACCGAUACCGAAUAUUGUUGGUAGACAUGAACAAAUUCUUUUCAAGUAUCCGUCGCAAAAUGCGACGAGUAGAAGGAGAAAUUUUAGGGAGAGGAAAUGGGAUGUGUAUGGUGGAUUAGAAGAAAAAGCGAAAAAUUUAUCAGAAGUUUUUCAAAAUGAAUAUACUAGUAGUAAAAGAAACAUUGGAUCUUUUAAGAAAGGAGAGAGUUCUUUGUAUUAUGGUUUAUCAUCGGGUAGAAGAACUCAUCAAGCGGUUAAGAGAUCAUUAAGAUCCGAGCCUUCGAUGGUUGAUCUUGUUGAAGCUGGUGACACGGAAAUGGAGAUAGAAAAGAUGGAGGAGGAGGACGAGGAAGAGGAUGUGAAGAAUAAUACUAUUGAAUGGACAGAAAAUGAUCAGAAGAAUCUCAUGGAUGUUGGAGAUUCUGAGAUGGAGAGAAAUAGAAGGCUUGAGAGUCUUAUAGCUAGAAGAAGAGCAAAUAAAUUGUUGAAGUUGCAAGUUGAGAAUGGAUUGGUUGAUAAGAAAGCAUUGACGCCGAGUUCGAUGAGACCGUUGGUUGUUAAAAGAGAGAGCUGUGAUAUUGAUGAUUUAGAAAUGCCUGGUUCUGCUCCUUCUGUUAUGCCAAGGAGUCCUUAUGAUAUUCCUUAUGAGCCUUUUGAGGAGAAACCGAAUCUUACAAGUGAUGGUUUUCUUAAUGAUUUUCAGAAGGAUGUGCUUUUUAGUAGGCAUGAGAGUUUUAGUUUAGGUUCAAAUUAUUCAUCAGAUAUCAAACAUGAACAUGCAACUAGAGAAAGUCAUUCUUUUCAUGGGAGGAAAUCUUCAGAUAAACACGGUUUCUCAAGAUUUGGAAGGCUUCCAGAUAAAGGAAAUCAUGAUUGGCUAAUUGAGCAAUUGAUCUACAAUGAUGGAGCUGAAAAAGGAAUUCAAGCACCAAAACCACUGAUCAAAGGCGACGAAACAAAACGGGAAAAUGAUGAAAAAUGUAAAACUGAUAUAGAUGAGACAAAAACAAUGUCAGUUCAAACAAGUGAACCAGCCUCAAGAGCUCCAAACAUCUCAAACAUUGAAACUAAUAGUGUUUCACAAAAACCAGAGUCAAGGCUGGCGUCAAGGCUUUCCAAGUCUCAAGAGAGGCUCCUUAAUAUACCAGUUUCGUUUAACGAGACAAAAACUAUACACGAAUCUAUGUGUGACACCGUUCCAUCGCCCGUUGACAAGAGACAAGAAACUAUGUUCUCAGGCGAUCGGCGACUUUGUCAUACACCAACUUACUCCAUAGCUUCUGAUUUACAAGUGGAAGUUUCUGAAAUUGGUUCGCCAACUUCGACUGUUGAUGAUAAUGGUGACACCAAUUCAUCAAGUGAUAGAGAUAGAGAUUCUAUGUUAUAUGAUGGAGAUAUUGACCGAGAUGUUAGUUCUGGCAGUGAAGAUUUGUGGGGAGCUUCUUUCCAUGGAAAAGGCGGAGUGAAAACCGAAGAGAAUAAUAGCAGUGAAGAUGUAAAUAACAGCUUAAAGGAAAUUGCUUCGCCGAUUUCUUUACGACAAAUAGAUGAAGAAGAUGAUGCAGCUGAUGUAAGUUCAUAUUCAUCAAGAGAUGAAGGACCUGAAGAUACUCCAACUUGCUGUGUUGUAAACUCGGAUCAUAAUGUUUUCGGUAAUUAUACCAAAUUUUCUAGGGGGAAAAAUGAUGUUCCUCAAUCUUCUCGUUCGUCUUACGAUACAUUAUCUCAGAAUCAGUUGAUAAAUAGUCCUAUGGAUCAAAUAUCGGAAGAGAUUUCGAUUAAUGAGUCACAUGUUAUCGAUGAUGUGAAUAACUUAGCAACCACGGAACAAGGUGAUAGAGAGAACUCGGCAAGUAGUGAAGAUCCUGGUAAUAGUCAUCCAGUUGUAAGGCAAGAAUCACUUGAUGAAGCCUCUAAUGAAUCGAUUUCGUCAUCGCCAAGGUCUGUUUUACCAGACAAGACUCUAUCAGAUGAUGUUUCGUCUCCGUCUUUUAAUCAACAGAUGGAUAUAGGUUCUCCACGAUCUAUCGUCGAGGAUAUGACGCAAGAAACUUUUAAUGAAGAUGAACAUUCACAUGACAGCAUGGCUCAAAAUUUUCAAACUUUGGUGGAUGAGAUAACUAAUGAAUCACAUGAUGUUGAUUUCAAUCAUUCUCAGGAGCAAACAAACAACAUGGAGAGCUCAAUGGAAGAAUCAAAUAUUCAUAGAAACAUGAAUGGUGAAGAAAUCAACAUGGAGAAUUCAAUUGAAGAAUCAAAUAACAUGAAUGGUGAAGAAAUCAACACGGAGAGUUCAAUGGAAGAAUUAAAUAUUUAUAGAAACAUGAAGGGUGGAGAAAUCAACAUGGAGAGUUCAAUGGAAGAAUCAAAUAUUCAUAGGAGCAUGAAUGAUGAAGAAAUCAACAGAAUGGAACAACGAGACGAGUUAAACAAUGGUGAAAGUAGUGAAGAAAAUUCUUCACACCAAAUUAGCCAAGAGGCUACUUCAGAAUCCACCAAAGAAAUAAAUAAGAUGGAAACUAUGGAUGAAGAAGAAUCAAGAGAUUUAACUGAUGACAAAGUUCCAUCAACAGAGGUGGUUGAAGAAGAUAAAAAUGAACCAUUAGCAUUGGCAAAUGAUGAUAACAUCAAUGAUGAGUUUCCACAACCACAUGUCAUCGAUCCAAUGGUUCACGGCAAAGAAACAAUCGAGGGCCAUAUGGAGGACUCAUGA